AUGUGUUCUCUCAAUACAGAUUUACAGAAGGCAAUCGCUGAUAUUGAACAACUUUUUGAAGUUGACAAAGCCUUUCUCUGUAAGGCCACUGACCACUUUGUUAAAUGUAUGGAUGCUGGGUUGACAAAUGAAGUUCCUAACAGGGUUUAUAUGCCUAUGUUACCCACCUUCGUGACCUCCAUCCCGACAGGAAAAGAAAAUGGCUUAUUUUUGGCAGUUGACUUGGGUGGAACUAAUUUCCGAGUCUGUUCAAUAGACUUGAAAGGUGAUCACACAUUUGAACUAAAGCAAUCAAAGUUUCCUGUCCCCAUUGAUUUGAUGAGAGGUUCCACGUCAGAUUUGCUUUUCUCUUUCUUCGCCGAAAAAGUGAAGAACUUUUUGGAAGAACAUCAUGAAGAACUUGAUGAGUCGAUUACUUUGAAAAUGGGAUUCACAUUUUCCUUCCCUGUGGACCAAACAGCAAUUGAUAGUGGCAAAUUGAUUCGCUGGACGAAGGGUUUCGAUCUACCUGAUUGCAUAGGUUGUGAUGUCGUAAAGUAUUUUCAAAAACACUUGGACUUGUUAAAUUUACCGGUAAUGAUCACUGCGUUGGCAAAUGAUACAGUUGGUACCCUACUUUCGAGAGCAUACACCAACGAUAGAUCGGCAUCUAAGUCAAGAACACUUAUUGGUGCUAUAUUCGGCACAGGAACAAAUGGGGCAUAUUUCGAAUCCAUAUCAAACAUUCCCAAGUUGUGUGGAACGAGCUUUCCGGAGUUGGCCACCGGAAUGGUAAUCAAUACGGAAUGGGGCUCUUUUGACAACUCUUUGGACAUUUUGCCGUCAACAAAGUACGACGAGCUCGUUGACCAGAAUACAUCAAAUAAGGGGUAUCAUUUAUUCGAAAAAAGAAUUAGUGGUAUGUUUUUGGGGGAGAUUUUAAGGGUCAUUUUGAUUGAUUUGUUUGAACGAGGCUUGAUUUUUGUGGAAUUGUUUCGAUCGAGAAACGGAUCGUUGCCACAUAGGUUGACGGAGCCUUUUUUGCUCUCGUCCAAGGUUCUAUCAUAUUUGGAAAUUGAUGACUCAACUGAUCUUCAUAUGUCCGAACUACUCUUACAGAAUGAGCUUAGACUCCCCACUACAUAUUCUGAACGGCUCUUGAUACAGUCGGUAACCCGGGCUAUCUCAAGGAGAGCUGCAUACCUCUCUGCAAUUCCAUUGGCUGCUAUUGUGAAGAGAGUAAAGGGACAGUAUUCGGAUGAAGAUGACGAUUUCGAAGUAGGUUGUGAUGGCUCUUUGAUUGAGCACUACCCAGGAUUUAGAGACAAGAUCCUUGAAGCUUUCAACACGAUCAAUCCGUUGGAGGGGUGCUCUAAAAAGCUCCAUAUUCGAAUUGCAAAAGAUGGUAGUGGAGUAGGAGCUGCGUUGUGUGCAAGUACAGUUGGAAAAUCAUGA